UCUACCACGUACUGCGACAUUUUUGAAAUCUAACGGUUGUGGCAGGAGGGACUUUUUGUGAGCGAUAUUAACUGUUUGACUCACUCACCAACCCACUGAGAUUGUUAUACAUCUCACGAUGGUCUCAUGCGACACACGAAUCAUCUGUUAGGCUGCUCCGUGAUUCCUCGCAGCUGUGCGUAGAUGCUGUGAUCUGAUUGUGAUGUCAAUUUAACAUACGCGUGAGCAGACCACAAUAUCUCGCUUUUGUUCAGGUCAAACCUUACGCUGGUGCUAUUGGUAUUUAGUGGGCUCAGUGCGUUUAAAUAUGGCGAAAUAUCUUGUUGACUACAACCCCCCCCUAGUUGGGCUCAGCAUCUCAAGAAUCUACCGAAAUAUAAAGUGGAGCUUGCUAUGGAGAACACCCCCAUCCACGAAUGGAAUUUCCCCGGGAUACCCGAUGGCUUCAGUCUUCACAUCAAGCGACAUGACAUGACGGGCAGUUCAUUGUCAGGCAACAAGGUCGGGAAAAUAGAAUUCCUCCUUGCAGAUGCCAUUUCGAAGGGAUGCAAGCACGUGAUCACGUGCGGUGGGGUACCGUCCAAUCAUUGUCGAGCUUUAGCCUUGGCGUGCAGACAAGUUGGACUUAUUCCUCAUUUGUUUUUAACAAUGACAUCGGAGGAAAUGGGUUGUCGUGGCAACGUACUGCUAGACCGUUUGUCUGGAGCUGACAUCUACUUGAUGCCGCCGGACUCUGACGAUGAGAGGGACGUCCAUCCGAAAAUGGAAUCAUUGGCUGAGAGAAUUAUGAUCGAGAAAGGGGAGAAGUCAUGUCUGGUUCCAAAGGGUGGUUCCAAUCUAAUAGGGUUCUUUGGUUCCAUGGCCAUAUAUGACGAGCUGUCCAAACAGGGCGCCCUCGACAGGUUCGACGACGUCGUGGUGGCUUCUGGCAGCUCGGGGUCGGCGACCGGUAUCUGCGUGGCCAACUACCUGGCAGGAUCCCCUCUAAGAGUUCAUGGCGUCCUGGUGCGACAUGACCCCGAGUUUGCACACCACCACGUGAACAGCACGCUACGGCAGCUGGGUGUAGAGGACGUCAGGUCGGAGGACAUCUUCAGCAUCAUCGACAAUUACCAGGGGGAGGGCUACUCCAUCUCCAAACAGGAGGAACUAGAUUUCAUCCUGGAGGUGAGCAGUACGACGGGGGUGUUGCUCGACCCAACCUACACGGCCAAGGCAGCCUGGGGGGUGCUGCAGGAGAUGAAACACAACCCCGGUCGCUUCCAGGGACGGAGAGUCCUCUUUAUACAUACAGGCGGGAUGUUCGGGCUGUUUGACGGUCGAAUGGAUGACAUGUUAGUCCGACAUGGAGAACUGACGAACAAAGUGAGAAUCUGCUCGAAAGACGAGCAACUGCCAAACCCCUAGGACAGUAAAUGGACCACCACCCCCACCUCCCUACAUCCCAACCCCCAACCCCCCACACAGACCACGAUUGGUAGUAAGGACGAGAGGUCUUCAUUCUUCAAAUCAAAUGACAUUCCCAGAUAUCCCAGAAAGAGGAAUAUCGCUGUAAUUCUUUUCAGUAAUUCACGCCACAGACCAUCUAAUGAUCUCUGUUCUCACCGAACAUUUGAACUCUUGCUUCAUGGUGAUUGGCUAGUUCACCCACACUUUGCUCCGCCUCCAGCGUAAGACACGCCCACUCAAACAAAACAAACUCCCGUGACGUUACGACGGCGGGAAAAUGAAACAGUAAAAAUAUAGAUGUCACCAGAGGUAUUCCGAUAAUUGAACUGCAGAUGUGCUCACUUGAAAAAGAGAUGUCUGCAUAACCACUGUAUUUCUGUAAAUGUGCAUUGUUUAUAAACUGAAGUGUACAACGGCAAUAUAAAAACUGAAUUGAUGUUCUCCAAACAUGCCCAUCAUGCAUUUCCUUAUGUACACCAAACAUGUAUAAAUCUAUUAUGUUGAAUAAAGAUAACAUUGUAGCA